GGGGUGUUCUGCUCUGGCGGCAGAGGCGGCGGCGGCGGGACGCGGAGGCUCCCCCGGGACUCGGCCUCAGCAGCGAGGCGGCGGCGGCGGCUGCGGAGGCGCAGGCAGCAGCUGAGGCAGCGGUGGGCUCAGGUGCAGCCGCUGAGUGAAGACAUAGUCCAGAGAGGGAGGUGUAAAAGCUACAGGCUGAACAUAACUUCUUUUUUUCAAAGUUCCCUGUGAUCUGAGCUUGGGUGAAGUGAAAUCUUUGAGGAAGCCAAAGCUGUGUGUAUUUGUGGAUCAGACAAGUGCAGCAAGUUAAUAUCAUUGGCUUCUGAAGGGGAGAGUGAGGUGAUGGCUGCGUUUAAGUUGGAUUUCCUUCCAGAAAUGAUGGUGGAUCAUUGCUCUUUGAAUUCCAGUCCCGUCUCAAAGAAAAUGAACGGCACCCUGGACCACCCAGACCAACCAGAUCUGGAUGCCAUCAAGAUGUUUGUGGGCCAGGUUCCGAGGACCUGGUCCGAAAAGGACUUGCGGGAACUCUUCGAACAGUAUGGUGCUGUCUACGAAAUCAAUGUCCUAAGGGAUAGGAGCCAGAACCCUCCUCAGAGCAAAGGGUGCUGUUUUGUUACAUUUUACACCCGUAAAGCUGCAUUAGAAGCGCAGAAUGCUCUUCACAACAUGAAGGUCCUCCCAGGGAUGCAUCAUCCUAUACAAAUGAAACCUGCUGACAGUGAGAAGAACAAUGCAGUGGAAGACAGGAAGCUGUUUAUUGGUAUGAUUUCCAAGAAGUGCACUGAAAAUGACAUCCGAGUCAUGUUCUCUUCAUUUGGACAGAUUGAAGAGUGCCGGAUAUUGCGGGGACCUGAUGGCCUGAGCCGAGGUUGCGCAUUUGUGACUUUUACAACAAGAGCCAUGGCACAGACGGCUAUCAAGGCAAUGCACCAAGCACAGACCAUGGAGGGUUGCUCAUCACCCAUGGUUGUAAAAUUUGCUGAUACACAGAAGGACAAAGAACAGAAGAGAAUGGCCCAGCAGCUCCAGCAACAGAUGCAGCAAAUCAGCGCAGCAUCUGUGUGGGGAAACCUUGCUGGUCUAAAUACUCUUGGACCCCAGUAUCUAGCACUUUAUUUGCAGCUCCUUCAGCAGACUGCCUCCUCUGGGAACCUCAACACCUUGAGCAGCCUCCACCCGAUGGGAGGGUUAAAUGCAAUGCAGUUACAGAAUUUGGCUGCACUAGCUGCUGCAGCUAGUGCAGCUCAGAACACACCAAGUGGUACCAAUGCUCUUACUACAUCCAGCAGUCCCCUCAGCGUGCUCACCAGUUCAGCAGGGUCCUCACCUAGCUCCAGCAGCAGUAACUCUGUGAACCCCAUAGCCUCACUUGGAGCCCUACAGACAUUAGCUGGAGCAACGGCUGGCCUCAACGUUGGCUCUUUGGCAGGGAUGGCUGCUUUAAACGGUGGCCUGGGUAGCAGUGGCCUUUCCAAUGGCACCGGGAGCACCAUGGAGGCCCUCACUCAGGCCUACUCGGGCAUCCAGCAAUAUGCUGCUGCAGCGCUCCCCACUCUCUACAACCAGAAUCUGUUGACACAGCAGAGUAUUGGUGCUGCUGGAAGCCAGAAGGAAGGUCCAGAGGGAGCCAAUCUGUUCAUCUACCACCUGCCCCAGGAGUUUGGAGAUCAGGACCUGCUGCAAAUGUUUAUGCCCUUUGGGAAUGUCGUGUCUGCCAAGGUUUUCAUAGACAAGCAGACAAACCUGAGCAAGUGUUUUGGUUUUGUAAGUUACGACAAUCCUGUUUCGGCUCAAGCUGCCAUCCAGUCCAUGAACGGCUUUCAGAUUGGCAUGAAGCGGCUUAAAGUGCAGCUCAAACGUUCGAAGAAUGACAGCAAGCCCUACUGAGUGUGCUCCCCUCUGAGACUGGAGUGAGAGGGUCUUCUGGCACAGCUUGCCCUGAAGACUCGGCUACUGCCUUCUGUGGGAGUUUCGCUUCGUACAGAGGACAAGUUUGUGCUUUGGUUUCCAGUGUUUUACUUUGGAGUUUAGGUGCCAUAUCCUGAGUUUUUUUUUUUUUUUUUUUCCCUUUAUUUAAAGUUUGCUGUGUUUGUAACCAGUGUGUGUUGAGAAGGACCAACACCAAACCACCCUGGGGAAGGGGGAAACAUUUAAAAAAGAAGAUGAUCAGAAUUUGCCCCAAACCACCCCAAGAGAGAGAACUGAGUGGAACAAAAAAAAAAAACCGACCCCCAGAAUCUCCCUGAGUACAAGGGUGGGUGAAAUGGGAACUGACAUCCAAGAGCUGUGGGAGGCAGAGUGGGUGGAGAUGGCUUCGGAGGAGAAUGGGAAUGACUAGACACCUAAUGCCCUGGCAGCUGGAGGCUCAAACCCCUCCAUAGUUGCCUUCUGGGGAAAUAGAGCUUUGCCACCUAUUUUUCAGAUUGUUGUCCUGGAUUUCUGCCCCUCUUUCCUAAAAGGGGUUAACAAUUCUCUGGAAAUCACCAGUUAAAUUAGCUUGACAUAUGCAAAAAGCAGGGAGAUGUCUCCCAUUACCAGCUUUCCCAGGCAGCCAUUGGUAUUGGAUUGGGCCUGCUUGGUUGGAGGCUGUUUGGGAGGAGCAGCCAAAGAGGUCAUUUGUAGUUUAUUUUGACACCAAAUUAGACCAUGGCCCAUUUCCAAUAGGUCUCUUCAAAGAAGGCCUCUAUGGGAAAACAUUGCCCGAUGUCCUUCUUGCAGUUCACCACAGCAAGGAACAUCGCCUCCAUUCCAAGCAACAAUUUUCUCAUGAGGGCGGAUCCAAGAAGGGCUUGCAGUUCUAGCUAGAGAGGGUACCUCUUCUGGGCAGAGGGAUCAAAAGCCAUCUAGGGGUGGGGAGAAGGAGCCUGCUUCUUGGUGAACCUGAAUCAGAAGGUCCCUUCAAGCCAGCAUGCUGCAUUUGCCAGUGGCCAGAAUUUAGUACUUACGAGGAUUCAGAAAUCUACGCUUGCCUGUUUGAUUGAGGUGUCCCAGCUGUAGAAUUCCCACACAGGCCUGGCAGGCCCCUCCUCUGACCGCUCCAGCCCCAUCUUCUGUUCUUGGGGACAGAGGAGACAACAGGACGUUUACAGCCUCCGUAUGGAUUUAGUGUUCAUUUACCUCAGUAUUACUGUGUUCAUUUUUGUCCUCGUGCUACAAGUUAGCUCCCUGCUGCCUCCCACAGGUCUCACUCCAGCUCUUGCCUGUGACCCACAUAGCCUCUGGGCUCCGCCUCUGCUCCAAGUAGUGCUGUGGGGGUGGAGAGCCAGGAAGGACAUGCUGUUGGGAAUAUACACCUGGGCAGAGGUAGCCCUGUUGGGAUAUGACUAUAGCCAUGGCCAGGGACUGGGUCCCUGGGUCCCUGGAAUCUUAAACCUCACAAAUAGUCCUGACCCCUAGCAGCAAAAAUAGAAUAAAGGGGUUGGUUUGCUAUUAAGUCAGAUGGGGGCUCUCUCCUUGUCAUGCUGUCCCUAUGGGUAACAGACAAGGAUUGACCGUCUUGCUGUUGUACAGGUAGUUGGCGGUGUUGGAUUAUACCAUUGAAGCUGGGACAACUGUUCCAUUCUCAUAGUGAUAACUUGGGUCUGUUGUCCUCUAAGAAACAUGAAACAUACACUUCUUAAGCUGAACCACAUAAACUUGAAUUCUGCACACUGGGAGAAAUGUGUCCUGUGUUUCAAAGGAUGAAACUGUUCUAAAGGCUUCCAGGGUCAUGAUGGGAUUUUUUAAAUAAAUGCAAAAAAAUAAAAAGAAAAAAGAAAAAAGAAAACAAAAAAAAAAGAAAAAAAUGCUAGGUUGGGGAGGCGCUGUUCUGAAUCCCAACCGGCUGGAACCAAGAAUGUCGUUUCUAUUUUUAUAGAAGUUUUAUACAGCUCCGGGGUGGAGAAUAUUUAUUACCUAAAUUAUAUCUCUGGAAAAGGCCAGGAUUUUGUAGAAUCCAGAAUGUGAUUGUUGUACACACAGGGUGCUGUGUAUGAUUGAAACUACUGACUUUCUGUGGCCCAUUUGCAGCCCAGCUAACCUGCCCGAGGGGAAGGCGUUAAUGCUGUGAAUUGGCAGAGGAGAGAGCUGUGCUCCACAGGGUGCUGCCGGUGCUGUGCUCCCUGACCUUCUGUUCUGUCUUCCUCCUUGGCCAGAACUCCAGUCCCUUCCCACUUCCCCCUUUCUCUUCCCUUCCACUAUUUCAUCAUGGUUUGUCCAUGGAUUGUCCUGGGCUCUGGGACCUUAUGAAACCCCCUUUCCUAAUGACAUAAGAGACAAGGUGCACCCACCUUUGAUACCAGACCCUGAGGCUCCAUACCUGCUUAUGGGUUCUCUUUUCUGAAAGGAGUGUUUGCCACAGCAGGGUCCUGGGCUGCUCACGCGGACAGCUGGCAGGACUGUGCACUUCUCUGUUCUCUCCUCCCCCUGCCCGGUGAGUUAGCACAGCAGCAGCACUGCCCUUGAGCACAGUUCUCUCCCCAUGCCAAAGAUGGUUUUGUGAAGAAGCUGCUCCCCUAUAAGUCUCACGUGUGAAAGGGCUCAGCUUGGAGAGUGGAGACUCGCAGUCAAGUCUUAAGCAAUCCUUAUCUGUUGUGUGGAGGUUUCACUUACAAUGUGUGUUCUGCUGUAGUUUUGUUUCUUACUUGGGUUACAUCAUGAAACUGAUUUGCCUUGAAUGCAGCCAGACCACUGUCUCUGGGUUCCACAGGAGUGGCCAGGGCCUGCAUGGAAGCUAAGAGCUUGGAUUUCUGGGAACUAAGGCCAUCCCCAUAGGACUGAGCAGAAAUCCUGGCCCUCUCCCCUAAAGAAUUUUUCCCACUCCAGGCAGCAUCUUCUGCUUUCCCCCUGGUCUUGACCAGGGAGUGGGCGGGCAGAGAGGCCGAGGCUCUGCUCCCCUAGAGACCUUCUCUUACGAGUUGGGCAGUUCAGGGGAAAUCCAAGCCUUAGGUUCCCUUCGUCUCUGGCAGUUGGAUGUGUUCUUGGUGUCCUCCAUGUCCUUUUUGACUUUUCCCUGUGUCCAUUGUUAGCAUGUGCAAAAGUUCCCUGUCAUUACCCAGCCCCUGCCCCGCCCUGCCUCCUCAUUUCAGGGCUGUACACACAGUGAGUGUUCCUGUUCUCUCUCUCUUUGUUUGGAUGUAUUGCUCUGUGUAACUCAGUGGGUCUCCCUCUUUCUGGUUUGUUUUUUUUUCUAGAUUCCUGCCGUUUGUUCAUCGUUGUGCCUAAAGCAUGUCGAUGUGGCGUCAAGUACAUCGUCCAAAUCCCUGUCUCUUCAGCUUCUCUGAUGCUUGAACUCUCACCUUUGACCUUGUGUUGACCUUUGAUGCUGACGUGUAUUUUUAUUAUGUUUGUUUCUUUCUUUGUUUUUUCUUUUUUUCUUUCUUUUUUUCCCUUUUGUGCUGCCAAAUUGGUUUUGCUAGAACGACUGCUGAAGGGGAAAUAUUUAAACUUGCAUUUGAAUAUAAAAAAAAUCUAUUUUUCUAGAACUUCAUAAGAUAACCACUUGAUUUUGUGAUUCCAAUUCUUUGUAAUUGUCUUCAGAGCAGCCCUACUAGCACAUACCGCGUGGUGUUUGUAUUUCUGUGAACACACAGCCAGUCCGUUUCUAGGCUUUGUUUCUCUGUGUGCUUAGUUUUAAAGACAACUUUGAAGUAAACAAUGAAAUAAAAGAUGUCACUAAAACCUUUGAGGCUCCUGAGCACAUUUUGCUGACAUAGUUUGUGGGGCUUGAGGAGACCGCAUGUGUUGUUCUUAUUUUUGUUUUUCUGAGUUCUCAACUGCAGAAAGCACCUGAACCCCCUUUCCUUUUUGACCGCAGGCUGCAGUUUGGGCCCCAGCCAGCCCUUUUUCUUUUUCUUUUGUGGUUCUUCCCUGGAGCGACUCUGUGGGGAGCCUUGGACCCCUCUUGCCCCUUCCCCUCAGCCCCAUGCUUGUUCCUACAGUCUCCACAGCAAAAUGUGAUGCUUUGAUUUUUUUGUUUUUGUAUUGUUUUUGUGUUUUGUUUUGAAUUUUUUCCUUUCCUACUAAGAUUACGCCCAGAAAAAAAAAGUUUUGCAUGUUUCCUGCUGUUUCUUCACACCUUCGUAUAUAUCACCUUCACCUCUCUGUUUUCUAUAGUUUGUGCAAAAACUGACCGAUUUAAAGGGGUUUCAAAGAAGCUGUUUUAAAUUGUUGUGGGGUUGAUUAUUUUUUUCAAGAUUGUAUUGUUUUAUUUUGAAGUGGCAACUUUCUCCUCUAUUGCCCUAGAGCGUUUGCCUGUGCACUUAGACUGUCACCUCGUGUGGCCUCCAGGUCUCAGCGGGCGUCCAGGAGGCUGGCUGUUCUGCCCAGAGAGGGUGUGGAGGGGCCUGGAGAGGCACGAGAAGCAGAGACAGAACCCAGAAGGUGGCCACGGGUGGGCAAGGGGCUUACUUAGCGCAUUAGGGGCAGUGAGCACCCAGGGAAGGAGGGUGCUCGGAACCACCUGUAGGAGGCCGUCUGCGCACUAGCGGCAGCACCUGCCGGCGCUUUUCCUAGGUGACAAGCACAAUACUUACUACAGUCUUCACACUGUUUACAGCCCUGGGCACCAGCCACCCGCACUGGCUCUUUACCACAGCUCUGCUCUUGCUUAGCUAGUGGGGUGGGGGGAAGGGCAGGGAUUUGUUUUUUAAAUUGGGCGAGGAGCCAAACAGCUACUGUCCCUGGGUGCCAGGCAAGCCAGUUCUUUGGUUCCCUAAGGGGAACUAACCCUCUUCUCUUGUGGCACCAUCCAGCCUCAGGGUCUUGGAGACUUGAGUAAGAAUGUGAAUGGGGGGGAGGCAAGGAGGUGAGAGGUCACAGGAUGGAUCUGUGGAGGGAAGAGUUUGCAGGGGGAGGCAUGGUAAAACCCACCCAGCCCAGAGCUGCUGGCGGGUGGGGGAGCUGGAGAGUAGGACUGUCCAGCGAAGGGUGGAAAGGUGUAGCCGAGGGCCGGGUGGGGAAGGUAGAAGCACUGUGGAGCAGCAUCCAUGCUAGGGUCCGUGAGGGAAGGGAGCCCGGCAGAGUUUCUGCUCUGGGGCCCAGCAGGUUGCCCAGUAUUAUGCCUGAGGCUGCUGUUAUUAGGAGGAAGGGGCGGCCAAGUGCAGGCCCAGUGUAUGGUAGGCUGCUGCAUUUCCUGGAAGGGGUGAUUGGAUGGAAAGAGGCCAGAAGCCCCAGCCUGAGAGACUGCUGUGCGCCCCACAGUCUGACUGCACAGAGCCGCCUCUGUUGGCAGGAGGCGCUGAGGCUCCCCUUCCUGUGUACUGAGAAGCCGUGUUUGCCAAUAUAUUUUGCUUUCAAUUCCAAGAGGAGCUCUGGGAAAACCUGUGGAUAAAACCAAAUGCCAAACGUUGGACGUUGUUUCCUUUUCCUUUUCUCUCUCUGAUUGUUUUAAUUGUUCUGUGGUGGUUUUAAUGGAUUUGAGACCCUGGAGCGGCAGCUGCCUUUCUAAUUUCCAGCUGCUUUUUGUGAAUAAUUUAAAAAGAAAAAAAAAAAAAAGAAACUUUACAUUUUGGAGACAAACCUGUGUGAGUUUUUUAUUGGUACAAACGUUGUAUUUAACACUAGGGGUUUUGUACAGUUUUUUGCCUUUUCUACUAGAAAACAAUGUAAAGUGAUUUCACAAUGUGAAGAGAAAAAAAAUUGCCACUAUGACCAAACGCACAGUCUGUUCUGCAGCAACAACGGGAUUCAAUCAACUCAAAGUCGUGAUUCAGCCGUAGAAAUGCUUUUCCUUUACCUUGUUUGAGCUUUUCCUUUCUUUCCUGUUUUGAUUUGCAAAAGAAAAUGUCUUUUUUGUGUGAACUUGUGUUGUACUCUGUAGAAAAUUAUGGAUUUUACUUUAAUGGUUUAAAAUAAAAAGGCAAGAAGAGCCCUUGUCGCUUUUCUUACCUAAUCACAGAGUUUGUGUAGUGGAUUAAAAAAGAAAAAAAAAUUGUUACAAGUUUGGAGCAAGGGAGUAUGUGUUUAAAAGGAAUCUCCUUCCUUCCUUUUUUUGUGUGUUUUUCCUUUUGUCCCAAUGGGGAACCUAAAUCUGUUUUAAUUGCACAGACACACGGACAAAAAGUCAUUUUGUAUCUGCCAAGUGUGGUACCUUCCUUUGUUUAUUUGCUAUUAAACUGUUUGAGAAGAACUGA